AUGAUAAAGUACGUUAAAGGACCAGCUUAUAAAGCUUUAGGCCAUUUUGGUAAAUUAAAUGCCCCAUUAGUUAGAUCUUAUAUUCCAAACUUGGUCUUCUGGGGUGCUGCUGCCGGUGGUGCUGUUGCUACUUUCACUGAAGGUGUUCCAUUAUUCCAAAAGACUUUCUAUGAAAAAAUCCCAUACUUUGGUCAACACUGGAUUUAUAACCCAGAUCCAGAAGAAGUUCCAGUAUAA